AACCACACAGGAGUCUGCUGCAGGAGGAGGAGGGACGUGUUCAUCAACAAUGGACAGAUGAUGGACCCGUAACGUACAGGUGUCUUCUCAUCAAUGCCUUGAAACGCUCCUGAAGGCUUCUGGGAUUUAUCAGAACUAAAACAAAACAAAAGCAAACUUCUUCGCUUCUCUCCUCCCUGGUGGGACCAGCAGGACGAUGCUGCCGUGGAGGAAGAGCAAGUUCGACCUGAUCGAGGAAGACAAGCAGUCCAAGCAGAAGGGCUAUGCGGUGAGCCUCAACUACUCCGCGCUCACCUCCUUCGCCAAGUCCUGCCCGGAGAGCGCGCUCAACCGGGUGGGCAGCAUGUUCAAGUCCAAGCGGAAAAAGAUCCGGAUCACGAGCGAGGACCCCACCUACACGGUGCUGUACCUGGGCAACGCCACCACCAUCCAGUCCAAGGGGGACGGCUGCACGGACGUGGCGGUGAGCAAGGUGUGGGGCAAGAGCGAGCUGGGCAAGAGCGGCACCAAGAUGCGCCUGACCAUCAGCGCGCAGGGCAUCCGGAUGGUGCACGUGGACGACAAGGCGCGCAGGCCGGGCCACCUGUACCUGCUGCACCGGGUGACGUACUGCGUGGCCGACCCGCGGCUGCCCAAGGUGUUCGCGUGGAUCUACAGGCACGAGAUGAAGCACAAGGCGGUGAUGCUGCGCUGCCACGCGGUGCUCGUGUCCAAGCCGGAGAAGGCCAAGGCCAUGGCGCUGCUGCUCUACCAGACGUCCGCCACGGCGCUGGCCGAGUUCAAGCGGCUGAAGCGGCGCGACGACGCCCGGCACCAGCAGCAGCAGCUGAUCGGGGAGCGGACCGUCCCGCUGGUCCCGCUCCGGAAGCUGCUGAACGGACAGUGCUGCUACAAGCCCCCCGUGGAGCGCAGCCGCAGCGCGCCCAAGCUGGGCUCCAUCACCGAGGACCUGCUGGGGGAGGAGG